GCGUAAUAUUAACGUUGUUUCCUCUCUUUGAUUUUCUAGUCUUUCAAGUGUUUCUACAGAGAAUUAGACUUAGACUUAAACUUAUCAAGUAUUUUAGCAACUUUCAUAGUUUAAUAUUUUGCUAUUUAAGUUGUGGUAGAUUGAAGUUUUAUAUUAUCUAAGUUUACAAAUAUGGCUCUUGGAGGUGGUGCUAGUUGCAAAGAACUUGUAGAAUCAUGGCCAAAUAUUACAAGAUUUGACACAACAAAGACACUGCUAGAGAAAAGUAUUACAUGUAUUGGUGAAAAGUUUCAAAAGUCUUCAGUCCAUGGUGUUCAUGAGUUGCUUGAGUGUCCAGUUUGCAAGAAGUCUAUGCAUCCUCCAUUUUACCAGUGUCCAAAUGGCCAUACACUAUGCACAAACUGCAAAAUUGGAGCACAAAAUUGCUGUCCUACUUGCCAAGUUGAACUUGGAAAUAUAAGGUGCUUAGCCUUAGAGAAAGUAGCUGAGUCACUGGAAUUGCCCUGCAGACAUCAAAAUCUUGGCUGUCACAAAAUAUUAGCUUACUAUCGAAAGCUCAAACACGAAAGGCAUUGCAAAUUUAGGCCUUAUAAUUGUCCUUACGCUGGAUCAGAGUGCUCGAUAAAAGGAGACAUUCCAACACUCAUAUUGCAUCUCAAGGAGGAUCACAAAGUUGAUAUGCACACGGGAUGCACAUUCAAUCAUCGGUAUGUUAAAUCGAAUGCCCAGGAAGUUGAGAAUGCAAUAUGGAUGCUCACAGUUUUCGACUGUUUUGGGGGACAGUUUGUCUUGCACUUUGAGGCGUUUUUACUAGGUAUGACACCGGUUUACAUGGCAUUUCUACGAUUCAUGGGAGAGGACAACGAGGCUGAAGUGUUCAACUAUAGUCUAGAAGUUGGUGGUUUUGGCCGUAAGUUAACAUGGCAAGGUGUUCCUAGGAGUAUCCGAGAUAGCCAUAGAAAAGUUCGCGACUGUCAAGAUGGACUUAUUAUUCCGAGAAGCUUAGCAAUUUUCUUCUCUGGUGGAAACGGGGAAGAGCUUACGUUGAAGGUCAUAGGUCGUAUAUGGAAGGAGCAUUCGACUAGUUAACAGUGCCUAGGCAAUUGUAUAGUGUUCGACUUUUCAGUAUCUCUCAAGUAUAUCAUAGUUUUCCUUUUUGAAUAUAUGUUGUAUAUCAUCAGUCUCAGGAUCGAUUAUGAAGAUAAUGGGUGUGUUUGGUACGAGGGAAAAUAUUUUCCUACGUACCAAACACAACCAACAUGUAAGUUGGAAGUCAUACUCCCAACUCUGAUGUAAAAGAUACUAGUACUAAUUUGAAUGAAAUAAAAUUGAUUUAUUUUCUUGAUCCA